CAGAGUUCCUGGACAGGAUGUGGAGUCGUUGCUGCAGCGUUUAGCCCCAGACUACAGAGCUGCACGCGCAACUGGAGGAGAAGAAGAAGACGAAGAAGAAGAAGCGCCUUUUGACAUCUGGAAAUCUAUUCAUCAAUCUCCUGGUAACACAAGCCCGUUUUCAAGUGCGCGUAUAUCUAACCCGGACUCAGGUGAUGACUCCCCUCUGGACUCUCCUGUCAGCCCUGCUGCUGGUUUUGUCUAUGGCCCAACCUCUGAGCAGCUCUGAGGAAACUGAAAUCGAAAUUCUGAAACAGGCAGAGGCAGAGUUCAUCAAAAGCCAGAAUCAGGUUACCAAGAAUGCUGUUGGAAGUCUUCCUGAACCUAUACCAAGCCACAUGCUUACCACAUCAGCUCCUUCGAUUGCCACAGUUUCUCCUGGCCCCAGUCUUGCUCCUCAGUGUCCAGGAAACCAGUUGAUGCUGGAGGGCAGCACUGGCUGCAGCUGUGUGCCCAGCAUGGUCAAGGACGGUGACAACUGUACCUGCCCUGUGGGCUUCACUCUGGAGGGAGCUGCAGAGUGUAAAGAUGUUGAUGAGUGUGAUGGAGAAGGGUCUGCACCAUGUGGUCUCCAUGCCAGCUGCAUUAAUACCCCUGGCUCUUACUCAUGUAGCUGUCUCCGUGGUUACCUGAUGGGUGCUGGAGGGUGCCAAGAUGUGGACGAAUGUGCUCUGGCUGCAGUGACAGGCCUGCAACCCUGUCAGAGUGACACUGAAUGCAAAAACACUGCUGGCUCCUUCACUUGCUCAUGUCCUUUAGGAUAUGUAAUGGAGCCAAAUGGCCAACGCUGUGUAGAUGUGGAUGAGUGCAGCUUCGAGGAGCAGUGUCGCCGUGAGCUGGGAAAUGUGUGCAUAAACACUCCUGGUAGUUUUGUUUGCCAGUGCCAGCAGGGCUUCAGAGCACAGCCCCCCACCUGUGUUGGUCCUGAGUGUCCAGACUACACUGUGUGUCAAGAUGUGGAUGAAUGUUUGGAGAGUCCUGCAGUGUGUGAUGGUCAGGGUGUGUGUGAGAACACGCUUGGGAGCUACAAGUGUGUUUGUCAACCAGGUUACCGGGGAAACGGCACACACUGUGAAGAUGAGAAUGAAUGUACAUCAGGUGCUCACGGCUGUGAUACCAAUGCUCGGUGUAGCAAUAUCAUUGGAUCAUAUUUUUGCCAAUGCUACCCAGGCUUUGAUGGAGAUGGACACUCUUGUUUUGAUGUGGAUGAGUGUUUGGCAUCGAAUGGGACCUGUGAGCACAUUUGCGCCAACACUCUGGGAUCUUUCCACUGCUCCUGCCGGCCCGGCUACCAACUUCAUAUUGACGGCCGUACCUGUGUGGACAUUGAUGAAUGUAAACUCCAGAAUGGUGGCUGCUCUCACACCUGCACCAACUCUCCUGGAGGACACACUUGCAACUGCCCUCCUCCUCUUCUGUUAGCCACAGACAACCUCACCUGUAGCAACAUUACAUCUUGUAAGCUGAGAAAUGGUGGGUGUGACCACAUAUGUACCAUGAGCGCUGAGGGUCACGCCCAGUGCAGCUGUCGAACAGGCUGGAAGUUAGACGAGGACCUGAGGAGCUGCGAGGAUAUAAAUGAGUGUGGGGACUUUACAAAUGGAGGUUGCGAGCAGCUCUGUGUGAACCAUCCUGGUGGGUUUAACUGCACCUGCAGGGAGGGGUAUGAAGUUCGAACAGACGACCUCACUAAAUGCCAGCCUGUUUGUGUCCCUACAUGUCAGAACUAUGGGGUGUGUGUUGCCCCAAACAGCUGUGACUGUCCUCCAGGAUACCCUGGUGUAGGCUGCUCAGCCAUGUGCUCUCCGCCCUGUGCCCAUGGAGGUUCCUGUAUGCGCUGGAACAAGUGUUUGUGUCCUGCUGGCUGGACAGGAACAGGUUGCCACACAGCUUUGUGUGAGCUGCCCUGUGCAAACGGUGGUCGCUGUGUGGGGCCUGAUACCUGCCAGUGUCCCUUUGACUAUACUGGACCCCAGUGCCUCUUGCCCUUGUGCACUCCUGCAUGUCAAAAUGGGGGAAGCUGUGUGGAUGUCAACAAAUGCACGUGUGUUGCUGGAUGGCAAGGAGCUCGUUGUCAGAUAGAGCCUGUUCAGUGUCAAAAACCUUGUCAGAAUGGUGGUGUGUGUGUGGGCUUCAACAGGUGCCACUGCACCAAAGGAUUUACUGGAAACUCCUGUGAAACGGGUCAGUCUGGACUCUUGCUGUGUGCUGUGUCUGCAGCGGUGACCACACCCUGCGUGCCACCCUGCCAACACGGAGCCACCUGCAGCCCUCGCAACACCUGUACCUGUCCAGAGGGCACUGCUGGCCUGCGCUGUGAGAGACUGACAUGCCCUGUGGUCACCAUGGUGGUUGGUAUGGCCCGUGCGGUGAGAAAAGCCUCUAGGGAGAGUUAUGUUGACCGCUGUGGACCUCUGGGAGUUCAGCUCUGCACUAAAUACAGGAUAAACCAGGCACGUGUGUAUGUGCAAGCCUACAGGGUGGGCUAUAAAAUCCAGUGUCCAGAGAGGAAGAGCAGGUGAGCUCCUUGUCACAAGGAAACGUCACACACUAGACAACAUUUUGGGCAACACACAAGAAGCACAAUGAGGCAGUCUGUUAACUGUAAAAUGAAAUGUAACUGAGGGUGUUGUGGCUUCUCUGAGGCCAGUUUCACCAUUAAAUCAAGCCUCUCUGUUGAAAUGAAAUGGACACAUGAUUGUAUCAUAAAGGCUGUUUAUUUAGUCUCUGAUGUGUGUGGGCA